CUCGGAGUGAACAUCAUCUUCAAUUGCUUCAUCUGAGCUCAAUUGCACUUUCUUCAACUUUAUACCCUUUUUUAUAUUCAACACUAGUCAUCAUGGUCCCAAUCCCCCAAGCUGAAGAGCUCAAGGACCUUUUUAGCCUUAAGGGCAAGGUCGUCAUCGUCACUGGUGCCUCCGGCCCUACCGGUAUCGGUAUCGAGGCUGCCCGCGGUUGUGCUGAGUACGGCGCUGACCUCGCCAUCACAUACAACUCUCGCGCUGAGGGUGCCGAGAAGAACGCUAAGGAGCUGAGCGAGAAGUACGGCGUCAAGGUCAAGGCCUACAAGUGCCAGGUCGGUGUCUACUCCCAGUGCGAGCAGCUCGUCCAGGACGUUAUCAAGGAGUUCGGCAAGGUCGAUGUCUUCAUCGCCAACGCUGGCAAGACCGCUGAUAACGGUAUCCUCGACGCUACCGUUGAGCAGUGGAACGAGGUUAUUGAGACUGACUUAACCGGUACCUUCAACUGCGCACGUGCUGUCGGUCUUCACUUCCGCGAGCGCAAGACUGGCUCCCUCGUCAUCACUGCCUCCAUGUCCGGCCACAUCGCCAACUUCCCCCAGGAGCAGACCUCCUACAACGUCGCUAAGGCUGGCUGCAUCCACCUUGCCCGCUCGCUCGCCAACGAGUGGAGGGACUUCGCCCGUGUCAACUCCAUCUCCCCCGGAUACAUUGACACCGGUCUAUCCGACUUCGUUCCCCAGGACAUCCAGAAGCUGUGGCACUCCAUGAUCCCCAUGGGUCGUGAUGCUAAGGCCAAGGAGCUCAAGGGCGCCUACGUCUACUUCGCCUCUGACGCUUCCUCCUACUGCACUGGCUCCGAUCUCCUCAUUGACGGUGGCUACUGUGCCAGGUAAACGUGUCGCCCCACCAAUAGAGAAUGGGUUCGAUAGCGGUACGAUACAAACGACGGGUUCUUCUGGAAUAACGAUACCUUCCUUGUACCUAAUAACGUAAAUUGAAUUAAGGCCGCAAAAGGCUUGUGAACACAUUAC